AUGGUCCCCGAGGACUACCUGAUGGCACUAGUCACGGCGGCCGCAGCUCGCCUUCCUCAACCUGUGGAUCAGGAGGACUUGGAACGCAUCAGGGCCAUCCUUUGGGAUCUGUUGAUCAAGGUCGCCCAGGGCCCCAUGUCCUCGACCUACGGCCCACUGCAGUACACCCACGACCGGCGAGACAUGCAGACGUGGCACAACCGCAAGAGCCGCCCUCCACUGCUCCAGCCGGAACUCCUCAAGUGGCGACACUGGCGCCCAGGCCAAAUCGCCACGAUGGAACCUACUACCCAACCGGCUCUGGAACUCCAUCUGCGCAGCCGAUGGGCGGAACGCCUCACCGCCCACUUCGCACCCUAUGCUGAACACCUCCCAAACCUGGAGGCUAUCAUGCGGGACUCAGACUUCCGCAUCAUGGAGUUGAAGCAUCUACUGGGAGAUGCCAGGUUCCGCUCUAUUCGGCAGCAUUGCUUGGUCUACGAGAAUCUUCGCAAGCGGGGCUUCGUGGCCAUCCCAUGGCUGCAGACGGAUGAGAUCUCGCCAUACAAACUUCAGCAGAUAUGGCAGACUCUGAACUGGCUGUCCAAGAUCUUCGGCCUACUGAAGGUGGAUGAACAUCAGCGCCUUGUCACCAAGAAGAAGGCCCUGGAGGAGGAACUCGCGCCCACUGUGGUUCGCCCCCAAAAGAAAGCAGCGGUCCCUUCGCGGGAAGUGAUUUGGGCGCUGGAGGAAGGAGCGGCGCUCGGGGACCCCCUGGUGCCCCUGGCCCAGCGGCCCCGGCGUCUGCGGCCCCUGGCCGGGAGCGCCAUGAGCGCUUGGACGCCUUCAUUGGGUUGCAGUGCCCGUUUUGAUGACCUUCAACAUGUCCGACCUGAGGAACUCCGGACUACCUCCAAUACCAAAGAGCUUCAGGCCUGGCAGACGAAGGUGGCCCGAGCGGCCCGCAUCCGCACCUCUGAUCUGCCCAAAGUAUA